AUUUACAUCUUCGAGGAGGAAAUGCGCGGGAAAGAGCAAAUCACACUUGUUUUUCGCGCCGUCGACGGGUAUGCCGGAGGUACUGGAAGAGGAACUUGAACCAGCUGCAAAAAAGUCGAAGACAAUGCCACUUGACAACGUCAUUCUCAAGUUCGCUAAACUGACUGAAAAUGCCCUCACUCCAACCCGGGGCUCUAAACUCGCCGCAGGAUACGAUUUGUAUAGUGCAUACAACCAUAUAAUCCCUGCUAGAGGCAAGCAGGUGGUGAAGACAGACAUCCAGAUCGCCCUGCCAGAUGGUUGCUACGGUCGUGUAGCCCCAAGGUCUGGCCUAGCAGCUAAACACUUCAUAGAUGUAGGAGCCGGUGUUAUAGACCAAGAUUAUCGUGGAAAUGUAGGCGUCGUCCUGUUCAACUUCGGCGAGAAAGAAUUUGAAGUGAAGAAAGGUGAGCGGAUUGCCCAGCUGAUCUGUGAGAGGAUAUACAUUCCCGAGUUAGAUGAGUGCGAGGACCUAGAUGACACAGAUCGUGGUUCUAGUGGAUAUGGAUCAACAGGACAAAAGUAGGGACCACCAAGGAACAAGUCUGAUGUUUAGUGAAGGUACAUGGAAGAUAGGAUCAAAACAAUAAACAAAAUACAAUGCAAGUACGAAUUAAUGAAAAGUGAAUGAACCUUGAUUGAAAACCAGAACUUGCUGUGGAGAAAACUGCUAGCGACACAACUACGCCAACCAAUCCUUGUGUAUUUUGAUUAUUUGUCUCAUGUCUGUUAUACUGUUGGAUGGAUCAGCCAUCAAACCACCUGACUGAACUUUAUCAUCAUUUGGUGUUGCCCUUUUUUUGCACACUUUUUGUGCAGGGUGGUUAGAUUUUUGUGGGUCAAAUUUUGGCAUUUGACAUUAUGUGUGCUCAAUUUUGGUGCUUUUCAAGGUGUGGGUUCAUCAGUCCAUAGCGUUACGGUACUAAGUUGUGCUGGUAAGUCAUUAGUCCAUAGCGUAACAGUACCAAGUUGUGCUGGUAAAUGACGGGGCUUGUAAUUUAAUAGACUUUGUUUACAAUAAAUAAUCAAUUUAAGGUUGCGUCUGGCUGUACAUGGGACCACAUGUUUAUAAGAUCGCUAUACCUGACAAUACACAACUGAUACAGCUAUGUAUAUAAAAACACUGAAAAGUUACGACACCUUUAGAUGAAAACAUCCCUUUAUUGAGGUGAUGUUUAUGAAGUAAGUAAUUUCAGGUCUGCCGUUAUCCAGAUGUUUCGAUGAUACAUGUAUAUGGGCAUUGUGAACUUCCAGUGUUUAAUUUUGUUUGUUGAAACGUGAAUAUGAAUAGAUCAUGCAAUUAAAAUAAUAUAAAUCGGUGAUAAUCUCUAAAUAAAGUGAAUCUCUAAACAACUUGAUACCAGUUGGUUGUACAAGCUUCAGCUGGUUACCGUUCAUUGCUGCUCAAGACGCUCAAACAAAUUAGCAUUCUUUUAGAUUUAUCUGGCCAUUUAGAACAAAUACAUUGAUUUGCUUACCAGGUGCCAUAUUUCGCCUUGAACAAGCCAAAAAUUCUCUGGCUGCUUUGAACAAAUUUGCCCUUGCUUACCAGGUGCAAUAUUUUUGCCUUCUUGUUCAAGUAGGACAUUUUUUCUUAGUCGAUAUUAUGUUCUUCAUUAUUAUGUAAUAUUUUGUGUUAUAACUUGCAUUAGUUGUUGUGUUAUGCUCAACUCUUGGAAAGUUUACCACCAUCAUGUGUUCAACGAUAUUGUACAGGGACCAUUGUGUCUGCUAAAUGUAGUAGUGGGGAACCCCCACAUGUUUUAUUAUAUGCUAAAUAUAGCUAUGGGGACCAUAUUAAAUGUGCUAAAAAUAGUAAUACAGGGAACCCCAGUGUGUUCGUUUUUAUGAAAAUAAGGAUUUGUGUUCAUGUUUACUAUUAACAAUGUUCGUACAUUUCAUAUUAAAUGACCAAUGGCCAAACAGACAUGUUUUUGUGAUUUAACUUUUGGCUUAUAAAUAGGAAAUUAAAGUAGACAACUUAUUUUGGGAAGUAAUUUUAAAAAGAUAUAUAUAAAGAACUGAUUUUCUUUUACCUGAUAUUUGAAAUAAGUGAAAAAGAAAAAUACAUUAAAUAAUGUAAAGUAAACUUUACACAUUAGCCAUAGAAAAUUCCUGAUCAAAGGGAGGUAACUCAAAACAUUUUUAAAGGAUUUUAUGUGAUGUUUUUGUUUUUUGCUUAGGAACUUAUUCAAUAGGGGCUGUAGAUAUAUGUACCCUCCCUGGACAGCUGUUAGAAGAAAAAAAAUCUUUAUUCUCAAAUUUAAAAAUAAUACAAUGCAAAUAGGAAAUAUCAAAUAUAUUUUUACUCUAUUCCAUUUCUAUAUUCCAAAUUUCUGUGACUAUGUAAAUUGGUAACAACCACAGUUUCGUAUUAUGCCUCUUUAUCAAACAGCUUGCUACAGAAUUAGGGAGACGACCAUUAUCAGUUUGUAUCCGAUUCCAAAGUUUCGUAUUUGUAGAAACUUGUGUUAUUAACUUGUCAGACAACAUUGCAGCCAUCAGUCUGUACUGUAGGAGUCGUGACGUGAGGGGAAUCCCAAAACGAUUUAAUACAACUUUACCAAAAUAUACCGGGUCACAACUGAAAUCUAGACACAAGGGAAAGCAGAACCUUAAAAUGUUCUCUGUAUAUCUUAACUCCUUCACCCCUAAUGACACAUUUGAACCAUUCCAAUUCAAAGGUUGGAAUAGUCCAUCAUGAAAUUUCAGGGGUGAAUAAGUUAACGUGGAUGGAAAUGAGAGACAGUUUAGAAUUGUAUGCAUAUUACAAAGCAGAAUGUUUCAAAUUAUUAUGUAUGGCAUAUGUAUGUAGUGAUGAUGAAGUUGUUAAUCACAAUAAAAUUGUGGAGUUAUCUUUGGCAUUCAUGUACAGAUAUUAGCCAGCUGCCAUCGGUGAUGUGCUCAUUGUAGUUUCGACACUGAUUAGUAUAGUUGUUCAUUUUUGCAUUUUAGUAAUAUAAUGUUGUCACUCAUAGGGACAUUGUCAACUUUCACCGAGACAUUGCAAUAUAAUGUUGUCACUAAUCGAGUCCAGGUAUUCUGUCAACACCCUUUUGGGUUUUUGUUCUGGUCAUUUAUUAAAUAAAUGUCGUGUAUUA